AUGUCACUAUACUUAUUACUCACGGGCAUAGUUGCUACAAUUGAAACAUCAUUAGACCAUACCACGUCGAUGAAUAAUUCAUCUUCUCAUGUUCAUAAUCAAUGCUCAUUUUGUUCAUGUGAUUCGACGUGCAGUCUUGGGCAAGGCGAGUUAACGUUAUUUACAACAGCACGCUGUAUACCACAACGACAAGAACAAAAAGAUGAACAAAAAUGUUCGACAAGCACGCGAAUAAUCUAUGAUAUUCCAUCAGACAAACGUUCAAAUUUUUUAUUGGUAAAAGAUGAUGGUAAAAUAUUGGUACCAGUUGAUGAAGAAUUGUUGCGUGUUGGAUUUGAGAAAUCUGAACAAAUAUUAUCCUCGUUAAUUAAACAAAACGGCAAUUUUUGGGCUCAUGAUCGAUGUGCACGAUGGUCCAGUGGUGUCUCUGUGGAUAAAAUAACUGGAAAGUUAUUGAAUGUUGACAAGGCUGUUUUAAACGCAGUAAAGCAGCAAUGUUUUGUUUGUGAACGUUAUGGUGGUUCAUUAAAAUGUAAACUAUCGGCGUGUCAAAAUUAUUUUCAUUGGCCUUGUGGUAUAACAUCAGGAGCAUUUUUUGAUCAUCAAAAACACGAAUUGAUAUGUUCACAACAUUUAGAACAUGUUACUUCUCUAUUUGGUUUAUCAUCUCGUUGUCAUGCGUGUGAUCAAAUUGGCGAUAUAUCAACUCAGUUAUUUUGUACGAGUUGUGAUAAACAUUAUCAUUGUGAUUGUUUAAUGCUAGAGGCAAAUGUUGUUGUUAGAACGGGAUGGAAAUGUCCCGAUUGUAAAGUUUGUCAAACAUGCAGACAAACGGGUGAUGAGAGUGAAAUGAUAAUGUGCAAUACAUGUGACAAAGGUUAUCAUACAUUUUGUAUGAAGAUGCCGGAGUCAAAAAUACCAAAAGAUGGUUGGAAAUGUUCAAGUUGUUUAUCAUUACAACAACAACAAUUAUGUCUCGUAUGUCAACAACAUAUAACCAAGCAAACCACGUCCAGACAAUGUUCACAAUGUCAAAAAUAUUUGCAUGUUGCAUGUGAUCAAACGUCUUCAUUAUCUCCAGAUAUUGGUCAUGAUUAUUAUGAUGAUCAUUCCGGUAUUCGCCCUUAUAUGUGCCGAUUGUGUAGUUCGACAGCAACUAUUACUACAAAUACAUCGACAGUACCAGAGUUAAUUGAAGAUGAUGACGAAGAGUUUGAUAAUGAAAGUGAAGGACUGAGAUUCUUAAUAUUUUUCCAGGAACCAUCUCAUCAUCUAACAUCGUCCAAACCAUUAACAACUCGAGCUCAAGCCGCCGCUAAAACUGGUAAAGGCGUUAAACCGUGUCAGGCCUAUACAAAUAUGGAUACUCUGAGUAAAAAACGAGCGAGAAGAGCUCUACACAGUAGUUCAAAUCGUCGUGCUGGUUCUCCUACACCUUCAUCUACCAGUCCACUUCCAUCUACUGUAAAUCCACAACAACAACAACAACAACAACAACAACGUUCAACAAAUUGUCGUGGACGUCCGCCUAAAAACAGAAAAGAAGGACAGGCUGGAAAUUCGACAAAUAAUACUAACGAUAAUUUAAUGUCAAAUCAGCCAACAGAAUUAGGUUGUUAUACGGUUGGUGUUGUUAAACGGGAUGAGGAUGAACAUCAUGCUGUUACGGUUUUAUGUUCAACUGAUGAAUUGUAUUCACUUUGCCAAGAUAUGUGUGUUAGCUGCGGUAGUUUCGGUUUAAGUGAAGAAGGAAGAUUGAUAUCAUGUACACAAUGUGGACAAAGUUAUCAUCCUUAUUGUGCGGGAUUAAAUAAAUUAUCAAAAGUAAUAUUAAAACAAGGUUGGCGAUGUCUAGAUUGUACAGUAUGUGAAGGUUGUGGUAAACCAACAGAUGAAUCUCGAUUACUACUUUGUGAUGAUUGUGACAUAUCUUAUCAUACAUAUUGUUUACAACCGCCACUCGAUGAUGUGCCAAAAGGAAAUUGGAAAUGCAAAUGGUGUGUUCGUUGUUUAAAAUGUGGUUCGACAUCACCUGGUACUGGCUGUCUGUGGGAAAAUAAUUAUACAGAAUGUGGGCCUUGUCAUUCACUAGUGAUUUGUGCACUCUGUACAAAAUCCUAUCGUAAUGAUGAAUUGAUCUUACAAUGUACAAAUUGUGAUCGAUGGUGCCAUGCUGCAUGUGAAAAUAUUCACACUGAAGAAAUAGCAGAAAAAGUUGCUGAUCUUUCUUUCAUUUGUUCAUUAUGUAAACCGACACAUGAUCAACAACAUCCACUCGAACAAUCUUCCAGUCAACUUCUUUCGCCGACCAUUGAGCCAUUACAGACAACAAGUUGUCAAUCAUCGCCCGAUCAGCAAAUUCAUUCAACAGAACACGUGACUGUCCAUCCGACGGCAAUACCGACACAUCCAGCACUUGUACCUACGUUGCCCAUACCCAAACCAUCAAAAUUAGACGAGGGGGUUUAUCUAACAGAUACAGGUAUUGCUCAUUUAAAAUCGAUUCGUCUCAAACCCAACUCUCAUACAAAGAAAGCGAAACAAGCUAUGAAACAAGUUUUACUUCAACGUGGACAGUCCCAACAACAAAUUUUAACAGCGAUGGGUAUUAAACGAACAAAUUCAAGUUCAAUGUCUGAAAGACAAGAGGAUGAUAUGAGUUGUACGUCAGAUGAUGAUCAUCAUGCACAAAAUACGCAUCCUCUGGCACAACAUGGACAUCACGAAGCACAUGAACAAACAACGACAACAACAAAAAAGACCACAACAAGAACCGCCAAAGGCUACACAGGUAUUGGUGGAUUUCAUGUUAAAAUUCGUGGUCAACGACGCCGCCUUGAUUUUAACGAAAUGAAUGGGAACGGUACCGAUCUGUUUUUAUAUGAGAAUCAGAUGGAUGUAGGUGGAAAUGGUAAAACAACUGAUGAAUAUGGAAAUGUGGCAGCAAUAACAACAGGUGUAAAACAAAAAAGUAGACAUAGACGAAAGAAAAAAAGUGUUCUAGAAGAACAUAUGCCACCAGAAAUGCAGGAAGCGUUUUUUGGCAGUGGUCUAGCCGAACAAAGUCGAAUGAAGGCUUUAGUUAAACAAAAUACCUCGCUAAAAGGAGAUGAUUUAGUUAGUGGCGAUCAAUCAGCAGUGAACUUGUCUAAUAGCAGUGAUCAAAUGCCAAUAACGUCAGCAACUGAUGAACUUCAAUAUACAAUUAAAUUAGAUCAAGAUACCAUUACACGAUUUUUAAUGAGAAAAGCAACAAAAACUAGUCAGAUAACAAAUUCAACGGCUACAGUUAUUAAAGAAGAAAAGCAACAACAGCAAUCUCAUGCCACUCAUAAUCAACCUCAUCAAGUGCCUGCUCAAUCACAUACAUCCAUCCAGUCGACACAACAUUCAUAUUCACAGCAGCAGCAGCAGCAGCAGCAGCAACAACAACAACCGUCUGGCUCAUCGACGACAUUUUUGACACAGCCACCAAUUUCUACAACACCACCAGAUGAUGAAACCGAAAUGCAGCAUAUAUUGGAUAAUGAAGAAUUUUAUAAUUUCAUUAAUUUCAUGGAUACGUCAAGAACGACAACUCAAGAUCCACUAUUACCACUAUGUGAGUAUAAUUUUAGACAAAAACGAAGAUUGUGAAAAGU